AUAAUUAGUAUACAAAUAAUAAUUUUAUAGAUAAUAUUUUUUAACAAGAUGGUGUCAAAGUUCGGGAUUUUGGUGAUCGCAGCGCUCGCGAGCACAGCGACUUCCUCGCCUCGCGAAGGCAGCAGCGUACACGUCGUCGACAACCAACCACCGUGUAUCUGCCCAGAUGUCCUAAGCCCAGUGUGUGGUUCCGACGGGAACACUUACGACAACGAUUGUCUGCUCAAUUGCGCGACCGUGAACAACUCAAGACUGGGUAUCGCGCAUUCAGGUCCUUGCAAAACCGAAGUGAGCAUCGUCAACAACCAACCCGAAUGUACUUGCCCAGAAAAUCUUAGCCCAGUGUGCGGUUCCGACGGGGUCUCUUACGACAACGACUGCCUGCUGAAUUGCGCAACCGUGAAAAAUUCAAAACUGAGUAUCGCGUAUUCAGGUCUUUGCAAAACCGACGUGAACAUCGUCAACAACCAACCUGAAUGUACUUGCCCAGAAAACCUUAGCCCUGUGUGUGGUUCGGAUGGAACCACGUAUGACAAUGACUGUCUACUCAAUUGCGCAACUGCGGACAACUCAAGGCUGAGUAUUGCUCACCAUGGCGCUUGUUCUGUGGUCAACCAGCCGGAAUGUAAGUGUGAGAGCGAUCACAAGCCGGUUUGUGGUUCGGACGGCAUCACUUACGACAACGACUGCUGGCUCAACUGCGCAACUCAGCACAACUCUAGAUUGAGCGUCGCUUACUCAGGCUUUUGUAAAGAUGAAAAUGACGGCAAUCCCGGCAGCUCAUGUUCGUGUACGAGGAACUUGAGCCCAGUGUGCGGUUCAGAUGGUGUGACUUAUAACAAUGAAUGCCUGUUAAGAUGCGCCGGCAAGGAGAAGUCACGCGAUGGGGACUGUGAGGCUCGCAGUUAAGAGUAUUAAUGUAAACUACAUAAGUCAGAACUUUUUUUUGUUAAAAAUAUAUUUGUUUGUUCAAUAAAAACGAGGCGAAUGUA